AUGAGUUUUAACUGUAAGAGCUUAAAAAGAUCUAUUGAUUGCAUACGGCUACUGAGUAAGCAGGUAGAUAUAAUAGCACUCCAAGAAACAUGGCUAUUACCAACUGAAGUACCGGAUUUGGGGUUGGUAAACAAGGACUUUUCGUAUUUUGGUAAAUCGGCGAUGGACAUUAGCAGUGGGUUAUUGGGUGGCCGUCCUUACGGUGGCGUAGCCCUGUUAUGGAGAAAUGAUUCAUUUCAAUCGGUGUCUGUGAUCCCUUGUGUGAGUGAGCGUAUUGUUGCGAUCAAAGUGUGUGUCGCGGACCGGUCUAUGCUAUUUUUUAGUGUGUAUAUGCCUACAAACGAGCUUGAUAAUUUAUGUGAAUUUGUUGAAUGUCUUAGCGAAAUUUCUGCUAUAGUUGAGAAUGAAAAUAUUGAAUCUAUAUAUGUGUUAGGAGAUUUUAAUGCUCAUCCCGGCAAAUUAUUUGGAAAUGAAAUGUUAAGCUUUUGCGCAGAGCAGAAUUGGCUAUGUGCGGACAUUGAGAGACUAGGUAUUGACUCUCAAUCAUAUACUUACACUAGCGAUGCGCAUGGUACCUGUUCGUGGCUUGACCAUUGUUUAACUACUAUGGCCGCAUGGCGUACAGUAGUAAAUGUAAAAAUACAUUAUGAUGUCUUCUGGUCAGAUCACUUUCCAUUGGAGGUCGAAUGUAAUCUUGAAUGGGUUAGACCCAUGACUAUUCCGCCUAAUAUUGGUAAUGUAAAUAAAAUUAUAUGGGGUGAGCGCACAAGAGAUCAAAUUUAUAUGUAUUUUAAAUAUUGUAAUGAUAAAUUGAAAUUAAUAGAUUUUCCUCUAGAAUUAAGCAAAUGUUGUGAUAAUAUGUGUACUAAUGUGAAUCAUCUACCUGUGAUAAAUAAUUUAUAUAUGUGUAUUAUUAAUGUUUUAACUGAAUCCUCUAUUAAUUGUUACGAAAAUUUUAGUAAUAAGUGUGGAAUAACCCAUGGGAGAAUUCGACCAUUGAUAGGGUGGAACAAGCAUGUCCGCAGUGCUCACCAAGAUGCUAGACAAAAAUUUCUCUGCUGGGUUUGGAACGGGAAACCUCGGAUAGGAACUGUUUAUAGUGAUAUGGUGGAAUCGAGGAAACUUUUCAAGAAAAAGGUUAAAUUUUGUCAAAACAACCAGGAGCAAAUAAAAAUGAAUAUUCUUGCUACAAAACAUGAGCAAAAAGACUUCCGAGGUUUCUGGAAACAAACAAGGAAAUUGAGUCCGAAAGCUGGUAUCCCGGUGAGCAUUGAGGGUGAGUGUGAGCCUGUGAAGAUUGCUAACCUGUUUAAGAACCAUUUCAGGGUACAAUCACUUGGACAGUUAAGUGGGGGUGCGGAUGCUGGUGUGGUGGAUCCGAGUCGACCCUCGCUAGUACCAUCUCGGAUAACAGCAAAGGAAAUAGCUAUGAUAAUAAAUAAUAUGACUAAGGGUAAGUCUCCGGGUCAUGACCACCUCAGCAUUGAGCACCUUCAACACGCUGGUCCGCAUUUGCCUAGAUUGUUGGCGCUCUUAUAUACCUUCUGUAUCAGACAUUCGUAUCUGCCCAGUUCUUUAAUGAGAACGGUCGUUGUCCCGAUUUUAAAAAACAAAACAGGUGACGUAUCGGACUGUAACAACUAUCGGCCGAUCUCCCUGGCAACCAUAACUGCUAAGGUACUCGACGCAGUGCUCGAGCGGCAGGUGAGUAAUCAUCUUAAAUUAAGUGAUGCUCAGUUUGGUUUUAGACCCAUGUUAUCUACCGAGUGUGCAAUCCUGUCGCUGAAGCAUGUGGUAGGAUACUACACGGAGAGGAAUACGCCUGUUUAUGCAGUGUUUCUUGAUCUUUCGAAGGCUUUCGACCUGGUCAGAUACGACUUGUUGUGGGGUAAGUUGAGGCAGAUUGGCGUACCGGGACCUUACGUGGACCUGUUCUCGCAUUGGUAUGAGCGUCAGACAAAUCAGGUAAGAUGGUCAAACACACUGUCGGAGGAGUACAGGUUGGAAUGCGGGGUGAGGCAGGGGGGUUUAACCUCACCGGCGCUUUUCAACCUGUAUAUAAAUGAGCUGAUCGAGGCGCUCGGUGGCGCCCGUGUCGGCUGCUCGAUCGAUGGUCACUGUGUGAGUAGCAUCAGUUACGCAGAUGAUAUGGUGCUGUUGAGCCCAUCGGUCUGUGCUCUCCGGCGGUUGUUGUCCAUCUGUGAGAGGUUCGCGGAAUCGCAUGGGCUCCGCUAUACUGUUAAAAAAAGUGAAUUGCUGCUCGUCUUUAAGGCAGCAAAGAAAAAACUGACUUAUGUGCCACCAGUAACACUAGGAGGCGUUCCACUAAAGAGGGUUACUGAGUUCAAAUACCUUGGCCAUAUUGUAACUGAGCACUUUAAUGACGAUGCAGAUAUUGAAAGGGAACGGAGAGCAUUAGCUGUUCGUUGCAAUAUGCUGGCCCGCAGGUUCUAUCGUUGUAACGCACAGGUCAAGGUAACCUUGUUCAAGGCGUUUUGCCAGUCCUUUUAUACAUGUGCCCUGUGGGUUAGAUAUACGCGGCGGGCAUACAAUGCUCUCCGAGUGCAAUAUAAUAAUGCUUUCAGGAUGUUGUUGGGGCUCCCGCGGUACUGUAGCGCAUCAGGUAUGUUUGCAGAUGCACACGUGGAUGAUUUUUCGUCAAUCAUCCGCAAACGGACAGCCUCACUGAUGCGUGGGGUUCGUGCGAGUUCUAAAAAUAUCCUGAUGGUUAUAGGUAAACCCGAAUGUGCUGUUUUGAGACAUUGGGUUCAUAUACAUGCCUGUGUACCUGGUGCCUCGAAUCAACGUAGAUAUAUGAAUUAA